AUGGCCAAGGUCUUACUCAUCACUGGCGCCACGGGCAACCAGGGUGGCGCUGUCAUAGACGCACUUCUCAGCCUCAAGUCUACCGCCUUCAAUAUCCUUGCCGUCACACGUAAUGCCAGUGGCGCUGGUGCCAAGCGUCUGUCAGCGAAAUCCCCUUCAAUCAAGAUUGUGCAAGGCGAUCUGGAUGACGUGCCAGCAAUCUUCCGUGAAGCAAGCAAGGUGGAAUCCAAGCCUAUAUGGGGUGUAUACUCCGUUCAGGUAUCCAUGGGGAAGAAUGUGACACUUGAAAGCGAGGUUGCUCAGGGAAAGGCACUGAUUGACGAAUCAAUCAAACACGGAGUCAAGCAUUUUGUCUACAGCAGUGUUGAGCGUGGCGGUGAUGAGCACUCGUGGGAGAAUCCUACGCCGGUUCCGCAUUUCCAGAGCAAAUAUCAGAUUGAACGAUAUCUGCGCGAUUCAACAGCAUCCGGAAGCAAUGAUGCGGAAAUGGGGUGGACAAUACUGCGCCCCGUCGCGUUCAUGGACAACCUUAAGCCAGGCUUUCCCACAAAGGUUUUCCUUGCAGCUAUGAACAACUGGCUUGAGAAAGACAAGACCACCCAAUGGGUCGCAGUGCGUGACAUUGGUAUAUUUGCCGCCAAGGCGUUCGAGGAGCCUGAACAGUGGAACCACCGAUCUGUCGGUCUUGCUGGGGACGAACUUACAUUCAACCAACUCAAGGACGCCUUCGAAAAAGUGACGGGAGAGCCAGCUCCCGUGACUUAUUGGUUCUUCGGAAGUGCUCUGACUACCAUGGUUACGGAAGUCAAGUUGAUGAUCAGUUGGUUUGCUGAAGAGGGAUACAGAGCGAAUAUUCCAGAGAGGCGACGAGACCACCCUAGUUUGCUCACCAUGGAAAAGUGGUUAGGUGAGGAAAGUGGGUUUGCCAAGUAA